AUGUGUCCUCCUCCAGAAAAGGUCAACACUAAAGGUGCACAAAAGAUACCCAUGAACAGAAACCAAAGAUCAACAAAGCGUGAUCCGUCUUACUGGAAGUAUGUUGAUGUUUUACAUUCUGUGCAAAAUAGUAAUUCUUCAGUGAAGCGUAGUGCAUCAUCUUCUGACCAGCCCAUUCCAAGAAGGACCAUGCCAAUGUUGGAUCAAUUUCAUCCAUUUAUACAUGAUUUCAUUGACAACAUUGUGGAUGUCAAAGCUGACAAUAACUGUGGAUAUCGUGUGAUUGCUGCUUUAUUAGGUAUGGGUGGAGAUUCUUGGUCCUUGGUGCGCAACCAUUUGCUUAAAGAACUUGGCAAAUGGUCAGAUGACUAUAUCAAGCUCUUUGGUGGCACAAACAGAUUCGAGGAAUUAAGGAGGUUAUUAUGGAUAAGUGGAUGGAUAUAA